GUCUGUCACGCGCCCAGUACAGCACAAUCAAGUACGGCGUCGCCGUGUACAACCUCGAGUACGCCGACGACGAGAACUCCUGCGGGAACGGCAUCUACUCGCGCCUGAGGACCGUCCGCCAGUUGCUCUCCUUCUUCCAGGACAACUUCACGUCACCGAGCGACGCAGACCGCUAGCCUCCGAUGCCCAAGUCUCCGCUCAUCUGCACGUUCGGGGAGUUGACAAGUGAGGCCACGGUGGUGCCGGAGGACGGCCUCUGCGAUUACACCUUCUACGACUCCCUCCAGAAGGAAGGCGGCAGCAAGCUGGCCGGACCGUUCGAGCAGGGCUUCGAGCGAUUCCUCGAAAUAACCGCCAGGCACAGCAAGACUGAGUACGGCGUCGGCCUUGACUAUGGUGCCCUCGGCGAACUGGAGAUGUUGGUUCAAAAGCGCUCGACAAAAGAUCACCUGGACAACAUGUUCAGUCGUAAGCUCUACCACUUCGGCUUUGUGAACACCGCCUUCUACUAUUUCAACUUUGACCAGCUCGAAUCUAUGCUGAAAGUGCUCAAGAAAGUCUCUGACCUGAUGGACGACAGGAGAAGUCCCACGAGACCCAUCUACACCGUAAUCGCGGUCGCUCUGAUCUCUACCGGCUGGGUCGACGCAGCAGUGAGCGAGUUCAGGUUUGCACUGCGUUUUUGA